AUGUCCAAUGCCUCUGCUCUGGCUCUUAUUCUGCAACCAACACAAUACGACACUCAACUCAAUUCUUAUUUUUCAUUUCUUCAGUUACUUCUGCCAUGGGAGCAGAGCACAUCAACUGACAAUGACAAGUCCGAUGUGACAAGCCUUCGGCCCAUGCAAUCAGUUAUUGGGCCUAGUGACAUUCCAGCAGGCCCAUAUAACAGCACCAUUCUUCACUUGUCAGACAUGUCUUCCGUUGGCAGUAGAAAGAAAUCAGUGGUUUUGGCUCUCUGCAAGUACCUUUCAUUGGAUCCUAGUGUUGUUCCAGCUCAUAGUUUAGGCAGUGAUAUUAAGAGUCUUUACUUGAACAUCACAGCGGCAUCUGGACAUGGGGUUAAUCAGUCCGAUGAGGUGUUGGAGUGGGUAGCAUUUGCAGAAUCCUUCCCUGUGGCCCAUGAUGUAUGCUUUGAGAAUCUCAAGAGAUUAAAUGAUGAACUGUCUGGAAAGUCUGUGCUUCUGGGCAAUGGAUUGAAACCCUCUGAAGCCGAUGUUAUAGUCUAUUCCGUGAUUCAUUCUUCCCUGAUCAACUUUCCAGAUACAAACAAAGAAAAACUGUCACAUGUGUUGAGAUGGAUGGAUUACAUCCAGCAUAAGCAAGAAUUUGUAGGUUUGUUUGAGAAGAUAUUGUUGCAGAAGCCUGGAUUUGAGCCUCCGGUGACGAAACCUGUUGGAUCUGCGGAAGCUGAUUUAAAAUCAAACAAGACGGAACAAAGCAUGAAGAAUGUUAACAAGUCAGAAACAGACUUAAGCAAGGACAAAAACAAAGCUGAGGGAAAGGCAAGUGGAGGAAAGUCAACAGGAGACAAAGAACCUACCAAAUCAAAAGCAAAACCUGCUGAAAAAGAGGUGGCUGAGAAAGAGAAUGAAGUUAGCGUCAGUUUGCUUAAUAUUCAAGUAGGAUUAAUUCGCAAAGCGUGGAAGCAUCCUUCUGCAGAUAGUUUGCUAGUUGAGGAGAUAGAUGUUGGGGAGGCCAAAUUGAGGCAAGUUGUCAGUGGUUUGGCAAAGUACUGCAGUCCUGAUGAGUUGACGAAUCGUCGUGUUGCACUUAUAACAAAUGUUAAACCUGGAAAACUACGGGAUGUGGUGUCCGAAGGACUGGUCUUAUGUGCAUCUAAUGAAGGUCCUACUGUUGUGGAGCCCUUGCUCCCUCCAGAAGGAGCGAAAAUUGGGGAGCGUAUUUCUUUUUCUGGGCUCGAGGCUGACUUACUUUCUAAAUCAAAGGUCCGAGACUUACCUGUAUACUUGAUAUGGGGUUUUUUACGGAAGAAAGCAUGGUGCCUGGAGCAGGCUUACUCGCUAUGGAACAUCCCUAUCCGACACAGGUUGGUGAUGAACGGGUCAAAUUGGGUUUGCCUUGCUUUUGAGUUUAGCCUCCAGGUUGACAUGAUUGAAGGAAAGCCAGAGGAUGUGCUAAACCCAAAAAAGAAACAGCUGGAGAAGAUUACACCGCAUCUUUUCACUGAUGACAAGGGGGUGGCCACAUUCAAGGGAAUACCAUUUUUGACGUCUGGUGGACCAUGCACAUCAUCCAUUCCCAGAGCAACUAUUAAAUAG